AUGAAGUUCCUAAUAAACAUCGUAAGUUUGACGGCAGAUGUUGUUCAUACUUGUAAAAGAGUUAAAGAUUUAUUUGUUUUAUCAUCUACCAUGUCAUAUGUUGAUAAAAUGAGAACAAAUGAUGGGGCUUCAAUUUGGCAUGCUAGAUUGAGGCAUCUUAGAAUAGACAAAUUGAAAGUUAAGGUGUUGAAAUUUUUGGUAAAUGGAUUGCCUAAAUUGAGUACAUUUGGCAAAGGUGAAGUAUGUGAACGGUGUCAAUAUGGUAAGGCACAUCGUCUUCCAUUUGACAAGUCAUUUUCAAAGUGCAAGGCCCCAUUGGAGCUUAUCCAAAGUGAUUUGAUGGGACCUUGUGUUACGCCUUCACAUUCGGGUUUUCGCUACAUGUCAUUGUCUGUUGAUGACUUUACAACAUACACAUGA